AUGACACCAACUACCACUACUACCAUGACACCAACUACUACUAACAUGACACCGACUACCACUACUACCAUGACACCGACUACCACUACUAACAUGACACCGACACCCACUACUACCAUGACACCGACUACUACUAACAUGACACCGACUACCACUACUAACAUGACAUCGACUACUACUAACAUGACACCAACUACCACUACUAACAUGACACCGACUACCACUACUACCAUGACACCGACUACCAUGGCUCCGACUACCAUCACUACUACCAUGAUUUCGUCUACUUCUACCCCUAUGAUCCCAACUACAUUCCAAGAUAUUACAACCCCUAUACCGACUACCGGAAUGUCUGCACCAGCCUUGACUACGCCUGUACAGAGCUGGGCACUACAGGAUGGCCGUUACAAUAAAGUAUCCAUCGAAUCAUUGUUAAUAACGGAUUCCACACCCGUACUUGUCAGACAAAUGACGAAUACAACGCCUAUCAAAUGUGCGAUGGAAUGCCAAAGGUACAGCGGAUCAUGCAAUGGCUUUGCGUUUGUUGUCCAGAAUGAGUCGUUGUCAAUAUGUGAACUGUACGAUGAUAGUCUGAGUGCAUCCAACAUAGUGACACGCCAUGGUGCUGUAUACUUUAUGCGUGUUGUUUAG